AUGUCCCACAGUCACGAUAACAGUAAUGAAGAGCAGUAUUUGCACCUGAUACACCUUACCGAGCGCGGUGAAACCAAUACAACCGAUGAUCAAACAAGGGCGAGACGACUUCAAGACUUGCGUAGAGGCAUGCAAUAUUCCAGAUCCACCGAAAGGAUGAACUAUGCCCCUCCAUCUGAGUCAUCGAGCUCCACCAAUAUUGUCACGUACACUGAUCAAACCACCACCAGUACAGGGGGAACCACCAAUACUACUGGACAACCCACUACCACACAUGAUCCUAAUCCCUUACGAGCUCUUCAGGAAUACCUCGAACAACCCGAUGAGGGUAGAAACCGGCUCACGGAGAUGGGCGUACCGGAAAGAGAGGACCAAGAUGGUUGCAUAAUCGCUGCGGGAUUUGUGAGCGGUAUGAUUGGGAGUAGUACGGCAAGAACAACGAGAUGA